AUGCCAGCAGAUAAACUUAGAAUUGCAUGCUAUGGGGACAAGAAUAUUUUAAGAAAUAUCGAAUACUUUUUUAAGGACGAUUUUUAUGAAAUACAUGAUGUAAAAUUAAACGAAAAAAUAAACAAAAUACGAGUUAAUUUACAAUAUGAAUACUAUAACAAUUCAAUAGCUGAUUAUUUUAAAAAUGAAGAUAAUGGAUCGAUUGAAAAAGCUUUUAUUUAUAUUUAUUUUUUAUAUUCAGAAAAUUUAGAGGAAUAUAAAAAGGAAAAGGAAUAUUUAUUAAAUAGAUAUAAAGAUAGUAUAAAUGAGGAAAAUGAAGAUUGUAUAUUUGUUUAUUUAUACAAUUUAGAAGAUAAUGUAAAUGAAAUAAAAAAUAUUAAAAAAAUUAAAUCUGACUUUAGUUCUAAUAGUUAUAAAACUAUCAAAAUAUUAAGUGUCCCAUUAAUUCAAAAUGAAGAAUAUGAUACAAAUGAAAAGGUCAAAGAACUUUAUGAACAUUUUAAAAUCAGAUAUAUUGAUCAUAUCAAAAUAUGUAUUGAAAAAAAAUACCAUUCCAUUAAAAGCUCCUAUAACAAAAGCGUUAAUAUCUUUUUAAGCUAUGUAGAGGUAAAGAAAAAAAUUAUUCUGGAAAAAAAAAAAAAAAAGUUUUGCAUAUCCAACAUAUCUGUAGAGGAACCAAAACCAAAUGACGUAUCAAAGGCAGAGGAAAAAGAUAGACCAAAUCAUAACGAAAUAAACAACAUAAGUGAAUUUGUCGCGUUUUAUAAAAAUCACAAUAUUUUUUCAUUUUGCAAUGAAUGUGUAGAUAUAAAUUUUUUUUUACAAAAAAAUGACGUUCAUUCUUAUAUAAACAAAAUCGAAUUUGUUACAGAUUAUGAUGAACAAUUAUAUUUAGACAUGUAUGAUAUUUUUUUAUCAGUUUUUAUGUGGGGGGAAAAUUUAUGUGCAUUGUAUUUAAAAUUAAAUCUUUUUAAGAAAUGCUAUAUGCUAUAUAGUAGUAUUGAAAGAUUAUUUUACAAGCAUCUCAAUGUUUAUAUAAAAAAAAAAAAGUGUAUAAUACAUUCUCCGAUUUUAUUUGAAAAAUAUAAACUAGCUAUAACCAGAUAUAUAUACGAAAGAAAUGUUUGUUCUAUUCAUUUGCUAGAAUAUAUAUUUUUUAAAAAAUUUACUUUAUUACUUUUUUUAAACAAAUUUUCAUAUAUUUCAAUAAAAGCUUUAAAAUUUGCUCAAUUCUUUUACAAAAAUAAAAUUUUUAUAUUUAUGCACAAUUUUAGUACCUUUAGAAAUAGUGUCAAUAAAUAUAUGAGUCAUCCAAAUUAUAUCAAAUAUGUUCAUAAAAAAAUUGCAAAAUAUAAAAAAAAAGAGCUAGCGAAAAAAAAUCUCGAGCCAAAAGAAGAAAAUUUUAAAGAUCCCAUAAUAAAGGAAAAAUCGGAAAAUCUGAGUGAUUCUAUUGAAAUUUACCAAAAGGAUGUCAAAAAAAAUGAACCGACAAAAGAAGAUAAUCCUGACGAGGGCAAUAAAAACACGGGGAUAAUAGUAGUGAAAGAAAACAAACCCUACAAUAAUAACAACAGUAACAAUAGCAAUAAUAAUAGAAAAGGAAUGCACAAAUCGAAUAACAUCUUAGUGAAAGAACUUAAUGAUAUAUUUAAUCAAAAUGAUAGUAGCGAACCAGUCAGUGCAGAAAAUAUACUGAAAAAAAUUAUUAUAAAUAAAAAAAAUCGUAAAAAUGAAAAAUUUAUUGAAAAAAACCAAGAUGAAGAAAACAAUGAAUCUAAAAAUGGUGAACAUACAGAAACCGAAAAUAUUUUAUGCUCAAAUGAACCACAAACUAGUAAUGAAGUUUUUUGUGAUAUAUUUAAAAACGAAAAUGAAAAACUGUUAUUUCUUUUAAAUUGUUGUUUUAUGAAUAAAGAAAAAUAUUUUUCAAUUUAUUUUUAUAAUCUUGGAAAUUUAAUUAAAUUUCUUUUUGAACGAAGAAGGGAUUUACACAUUGAGAAAAAUGCAAAUAAAAUAAAUCACAAAACAAAAGAACAGGAAGACAAAAUUGUUAAACAUAAAAAUACAAAUAUCAGUAAAUAUUUAUCCCUCCAAAAAAAUAUUAUGAAAUUAGGUUAUAAAAAAAGUUCCACAAAAAAUAAAAAAAAAUCGAAAUCAAAACUUCAAAUUGAAAACUCCAAAGAAUCGAGUUGUGUAGAAAACUCAUCUUCCGCUUGCUCAAAUUUUACUUCUUCGGCACUUAGUGAAAAAAGUGAAUCCAAAAAUAACAACAAACUUUUUCUAUACACCGAUUUUAGUAUUAAUGUUUCAAAUAUAUUUAAAUUAUCUUUUAUAAUUUUGAAGAACAUACUUAAUAUGAAUGCUAACAAUUUUAACAACAACCCUGAAUGGGAUUUGAACAAUUUUGGAUAUAAUGAAAUAAAUACACAUAGAAUGUAUUUGUUCAAUUUUUUUUAUAAUUAUUUAGAAGAAAAAAAAUUUGAAAAACAUAUAGAAAAUGUAAUUGAAGAAGAAGUUAUAGAAAAUAAAAAAAAUAUUUAUAACAACUUUCCAAUUUAUCAUAUUAAAGCAUUUUCUAAAGAUAGUAAUAAACAAAAAAACUAUCUACUAAUAAAUAUUAUGAAUAAAAUUAUUAAUUUAUAUUCAAGAAAACACAAAAAUAUAUAUAUUAUAAAUAAGUUUUUCUUAGCUAUAUUACUAUUUGAAAAUAAAUUAUAUAAAAAGUCAUUUCAUUUUGUUAGAAAAAUUAUUGAAGAAUCACCAUUCCAUUUUCUUACACAGUUGUGUAUGCAACUUUUAUUGUUUCAUGAUUUAAAUAAUAAUUUUUAUCAUUUUUGUGCUUCCUAUUUUUUAGCAAAUAAAUAUACUAAAAUUAUAUCUUUUAAGAAUGUUAAUAUUAAUUUCACUUCCUUUCAAAAUUAUGAAUUUGAUUUAUUUUCUAUGACUAGCCAAAAUUCUAUUUUAAAGCUCGAGCAAAAUAAAAGCUACUAUUUAAAUUUUUACGACGCAUUGGAAAGAGAUAUAAUAACAUUUAAUUUGUCUUUGAUAAGUCAAUUAAAAGAUAGUAAGGAAAAUGAAGAAAGCAAAAAGGUUCCCUUUGAUGCUAAUGAAAAAGGAAAGCAAUUUUUAGACCCAGACAAUAACACAAAUAAGGUAUACCUAACACAUGAUGAAGCAAAUCAGAAUAGGUCGAAAUUCUUAACAAAUAAAAUGAUAAAAUUUGAAACUAAAAAAUUCUGUAAAGAUAAUUAUUAUUUUAAUAUAAAUAAAAAAUUUUUAAAUAGUUUAAAAAAAUAUAAUUUUUCCGUUUCCGAAAAUGAAAAAAAUAAUAUAUUCUACAUGCCAACGGAAGAUAUUAAAAUAUUUGUUCAGUCGGAUUAUAAUCUAUAUAUGUUUGUGCCCAAUAUGGUUUUUGGGGUUAACAAAAAGGUAACACCUUCCUGUGAUCAUAUAAAUGAUACCAAAGAAUGUAAUAUAAAUAAUUGUACGACUAAAAAUAAUGCUUUUAAAAUGUAUCACCUCGAUACAUUAUUGGCUAAUAAGAUAAAAGAAUAUGCAGAAAAAAAAAAUAUGGAAACUAAGACAGACAAAGUUCAAGAGAAUAUAUCCUCUAAUAAAACUGAUAAGACAAUCAAAAAAAAUAUACGUGUUAAAAAUGUGUGUGCAGAAUAUGAUGAAUAUUUAGACUUAUUUGUUUUUUCCGCAUUUACCCAAAAUUUGAAUGUUAAUAAUAUAAUUUUACAAUUAUAUAGUGAAGAAGAAAAUAAAUAUUUAUACAUAAAAUAUUCGGAAGGAAACUAUGUAAUUAAAGAUGGAUUAAAUUUAAUAAAAUUAAAUAUAAUUAAUAUUCUCGAAUCUAAUAAAAUUAAAUGGGAAAAUUUUUGUUAUAAAAUUAAAUAUGUUUUUCUUAAAAUAAAAAAUUUUGCUUUAUAUCAAAAAAUAGGAAUAUUACCUAACGAUAAUUUAAUGGACUCCUUUAUAAAAAAAUAUGUUAGUUUUAUAAACAACAACAAUAUAGUAAUUAAUAAACAUAAUAGUUAUACAACCUUCUUUUUAAAUCAAUUAAUUUUACCUCUUUAUAUUAAAAUAAAAACCUUAAAUUCAAUUCUAAAUUGUAAAUUAACUGCUUCCUAUAUAAAUAAAACAUCACUAGUAUAUGAUAAUAUAAACUAUGUUAAAUUAAUUAUAAAAAAAAGGCAACAAAUUCAAAGUAAAAAUAUAAAUCCUUACGAGGAUAAUGAUAUAACUCGUGACGAGACCGAUGAAGUAAGUGAUUUUAAUAAAAAUAUACCAAAGAAUAAUCCUGAUCAAGGAAGGGGAAAAUUUAUUCAAGUGUCAGUUAAAAAUAAAAGCCAAAUAAAUGAGUGUAAUGAUAUUAAGUUAUACAAUACUAGUGUUAAAGAUGAAAUACUGUUUGUAGAUUUAAUAACUUUUUAUAUUGAACACAAUGAAAAUAUAGAUAUAGAGAACCUUAAAAUUUUAAAUGACCAAGAAAUGGAUAUGAUUAAACAUAAGGAUAGAAAUGCUCAUAUGGAUGAAGAGACUGAGGUUAACGACUGUAAUGAAAGCUCAGAAAAUGGUUGGAAUAAAAAUGACAAACAAUUAGAGACCACACAAGCAAUAAUCUCGUUUAUACCACGUCGAAAAAUAGACAAUGAAAUUGGCUCUGUUAAAAAUAGAGAACAAAAUAUGGAUGAUAAUUUAUAUAAAAAAUUAUAUGCAAAAUCUUCUACAAGCACAGACAAAAUAGAAAUAAAAUGUAUAAUAAACAAUGAUAUAUGUGGAAAAAAAAGAAAACAACGAAAAACAGAUAUAUAUAAAAUAGAACAAGUAAAUUAUAUUGGAAAAAUAAAAAUUGAUAAUUUUAUUAAUCAUGAUCAAACAUUAACAUACACACAUUUAAAUAAUAAAUUAAUUGUUCAAAAAAAAUUUAAACUUGUAAAUAUUUUUAAUGAAAAAAUAAAUACAUAUAGAUCAAAAAAUGGAAUGUUAUAUGAAUUAAUAUUAAAUUUAAAUAAUAAUAAUUAUUCUGUAUUUUUAAAAAAAUUCAAUAUAGAAAUAUUAAAAAAAAAUAUUACACAAAUAAAAAAUGUUAAAAUAUUUUUUUUAAACAAUGAAAAAAAUGAGGAUUCCGAUUCCAACAGUUUACAAAAUGAAAUAACCUCAUUUCAAUUAAAACCUCCAAAAAUAGAAAUAAUUAAUAAUGAUAAUGAAAAGGAUAUAGAAAUUCUAGAAGACAAACAAAUACAACCUUCUGAUCAUAUAAUAGACACUGGAAAAGAAAUAUGUAAUAAUCUUAAUGCAAAUAUAAUAAGUAAUAAAGAAAAUGAUGAAAUGAAACAAAAAAACUUUUACGAUGAAAUUUCUAUUAAUAGUUGGAUUAAAGGGGGAGAAAGUAUAUUUUUACUUUUUGAAGUACAAUAUAAAAAUAUAUUUGAUAAAGAGGAUAAUUUUAUAAAUCACUUAAAAUAUGAAAAUGCUAUUGGAAAUAUAAAUAUAUUAUAUGAAUAUAGAAAUCAAAAUAUUUGUAAAAUAGACAAAUAUGAAAAAAAGUAUCUAUAUAAUUUACUUGUAUUUAUUCCACAAUUUUUAUUAUCUAUUGAUGCUCAUUAUGAUAUACCUAAAACAGGAAUACUUCAUACCAAUAUAAAUAUUAAUGUUAUAUUGUCUAAUAAAAUAAAUGAAGAUAUAUAUAUAAAACAUUUUGUAUGUAUAGAUAAUAAUAAUAAUGAUGAUGAUGAUGAUGGAAAAAGAAAUAACCGUGAUACAAAAUAUAAUUGGCUAAUAAAUGGAUUUAAAAAACAAGUAGUUUGUAUACCCAAAAAUUCAUCUCAUGUUAUAAAUUUAAUGUUAAUUCCUUUGAAAGUUGGUUUAAUUAAUUUCCCACCAAUUUCUUAUUUUAUAAAAUUAAAUAAUACUUGGAUUGAAAUUACACAGUUUCUGAACAAGAGUGAAAAUUUUCAAGUAAUUAUUUCCCCGCCCCUUAAUAUUACCCCACAAAUAUGGCAACUUAUGUAA